AUGCCCCUGUGGGAGGGGGUGGGGCAGCUGGCUGUGGAGCGCUCACCGCGGCAGAGGAAGACGGUGCCAAGCCGUCCAGCACAUGAAGGAUGCAGGGGACGAGCGGUAAAGAGGUGGGCAGGUGGCGUCCAUGCGAGGGGGCCCAGGACAGCGCCUCCGCCUCGGCCCCAGCCCCCAAAGCCCUGCCCGGGAUGGGGCUCAGGCGGGUGCUCUCCUUCCAGCCCUGCGCGGUGAGGGCGCAGUCCGCGACACCUUGCCCUCCCCUCCCCCAUCCCUGCAAGCCACAGUGACAACGGUGAGGCUGGGUGGAGGUGGCGGUGCUCCUUGUAAAUUGCGCGGCGCCUGGAGCAGCCACUUUCAUGACCGACAACAGGGUCAGGCUCAAGCCGCUUUAGCGAUCAGCCGCGCAUAGACGCAUAAACGAGACGCCGGGGCGUGGCCGCCGGGGCGUGGCCGCCGGGGACCGUUCUCCAGGACCGUUCUCCAUGCCCGUCCCGCUGGUACUGCUGCUGCCGCCGCCGCUCGGGGCUCAGGAGUGCGAAUCGCCCAUGACUAUGUGGUUGGGAGCCGAGGACCUUCUGCCUAUAAAGCACUACGGAGCUACCCCGAAAUAGAAAAUUUUUCAAAAUGCCGGGGAUGGUGGCCAGCGACGAAAUGCGGGUCGCGCUGCUGCUGCUGCUGCUGCUGCUGCUGCCGCUGCCGCUCGGGGCUCAGCUGACGGUGGCCGCCUCCACAGACUCGGUUUCCCAGCAGAGCCAGGUGCCCCCCAGCGGAAGGAGGUGCAGGCCGGACGAGUACUGGACUGGCAGCUCCUGCUGCAAGCGCUGCCCUACGGAAGAGGAAGUCGUGAGGAACUGCACUGUGACCAGCGACCAGAUGUGCCAGUGUCAGACAAGCCAUUUCUACCGCCCCCCGGACUCCCCCGAAGAGUGCAGACCGUGUAGCAUAGUUUUCUGAUUGCCUUUCCCCGUUUUAAUGCAUCACUUGCCUUUUCCAAGCUCUGCUUUCUCCGAGCUCUGCGUCACCCUCUCUGUCCGUCAUCUGUCGUGGAGCUCGUGUCCCCGGGUUCCA